AAGUGUUGUUGUUAAUGUCAAAUUUUGUUUUAAUAGGCCGUUAUUUCCUAACCAAGCUCAUUUAUUCAGGGAUUUACAGGAGAUAUAUCAAGUUUUUUUUCUUCUUAACCCUUAGAACCUAACAUAAACUUCAUCUGUCAGUCUGUAGAAGCUGACAGGAAAUCACCUACCAUUAGUGCCUAUCAAAAAAAAUGGACCCUAGAGAAAUUUAAAAGAAAAUUAGACUCCUGCAUCAAUAAAGACAGUAAUUAUGAUACAGAAGAAAUGUUUGAAGAAAGUGAAAGUGAUAUGCGAGCUUUAGGAGCCACAGGCCAAAGUAGUGACUUGAGAUGAAAUCAUAUAAGUUUACGUUUCUAUUGAAAAUACCUAUUACACAUGCAUUCAAAAUACAAGUAUGUGUGAUGGAUCGAACUAGAAUAUUAGUGAAGUGAAUGUUAUUGAAGAAAUAAGCAAUCCAGAAAGAGCAAAAAGAUCAGAUAAACACAGCUCACCUAUCACUUGUCUGGGUUACCUCUCUGCCUAGGCCCAUAUUCAACCAACCUACAGCUACCAAGAGAGAAAGUUGAAGAAUUCCAGCCGUAGCCAUCACCCUUGGGCUUCUGCAUUCCCUGCUCUCAUAGGAUCACUUUCCAUUGAAGAAGGAAAAGGACAAAGAUGGCAACAACACACACCGUGCGCACUGUGGGCAGCAUACCCUCCAAGUAUGUGCAGAGGAAGCGAAUGAGGAUGCGACCUACAACCGUGGGAUGCCAUCGAGUGGCUCUUAUCCAUGGAGAUCCAGAGCACAAGAUUGAUGAGUUCAUGCUGUACAGUGAUGAGGAUGAGGAAGAGGAGGAUAACGAUGCGGAAGAGGAAGAGAACUCGAGGGAUGGAGGAGGAUACAUUGCCUUAGGGGGCGUCCCUCACCAUCCUUCACACCACCACCACACAGUGCGGCGGAAACAGUCUUUUAUGCAGAAGUACCAACCACUGAGCCACAACUUUGCCGAUUAUGUCUUAACAAGAUCUCGGGGCUGCAGCCGGCAUGAGUACCAAAGCAUCAAUGAGGAGUUUGGCACAAGGCACAUGCUAACGACAGGCAUGUUUCGAGAGAGACCCAUUCCACUCAACAGGAUAAACAAGGUUUUCUGCUCUCAGUGGCUGAGUGACCAUCAGAUUGCUAUGGGGACCAAGUGUAACAAGUUGAUGGUAUAUGACGUGAACACACGCCAGAUGGAUGUGAUCCCCUCACUGCGAAGCUCAGAGCCCCACCGUCCGCAGGAUCAGCAGUGCGGGAUCCAUUCCAUUGAAAUCAAUCCCUCACGUACCCUCCUGGCUACCGGUGCACUAAACUCCAAUGACAUUGCGGUCUACCGCCUGCCAACACUUGAUCCAGUCUGUGUAGGUGAAAAGGCCCACUCAGACUGGAUCUUCGACAUGUGCUGGCUGGAUGACCAAUUUCUUGUGUCAGGCUCAAGGGACACACGGCUUGCCCUCUGGAAGAUUGAUGAUGACAUUGAUAUGAGCAACUCAAGCAAUCUUCCCAACUAUGGACACAUCAAACCUGUCAAGAUCAAGAAGUGUAAUGGUGCAGAGAAAGUGCGAGCAGUCAUCUUCAACCCAAACUUUGUAGAGAUUGUGGCACUCUCACUCAAUGCCUACCUCCACGUAUGGGACGCCAACCGUUUUGUACAGAAAAUGUCCCGCAAGCUCCCACAUGCUAUGGAGAAUGUUUGCCUGACUGUCAAAGAGGACAGUUCCCUCUAUGCAAUUGGGUCCAAGUCCCACACCACGUUGCUGGACCCUAGAACACUGCAUUAUGUUAAAAAGGUCAAUGCCAGAAUCACAGGUUGUGGUAUCCGGUCUGUGAGUUUCCACGGUGACAUUCUGACCAUCGGUACCGGUGUUGGAGCGAUAAUGUUCUAUGAUAUGCGAGCUGGGAGGUACAUGGAGUCCACCAUGAAUAGUGGCCGAGCAGUGGUCCUGAAGAGCACGAAAGGUUGGGUGAGCGCAGACGAACCCUACCACGACGUAUUUCAUAAUGUGGAAUACACACCAGCUAUAUAUACACAUUGUUAUGAUUGGUCUGGCAUGAGGUUGUUUGCAGCAGGUGGCCCUUUGCCUGCCUCCCUCAAAGGCAACUAUGCUGCUCUUUGGUGCUAAAAGUUUACAAAUGAAAAUGGAAUAAAUGAAAAUAAAAGAUACAUAAAUAAACUGGCAAAUCAGGAGGAGGUUUGUGCAAGUACAUUUGUGUGUGUAUGUGAGCUUGUUAUCAUGUGCACAUACGCUGACGAUUGCAAUGGAUGUAUUUAUCCUUCCAAAGUGCCAAUGUCUAAUAGAGAGAAGGCCAUGAUUCAGAAAGUGCAUCAGUGUGAGGCAGGGUUAGAAGCACUUUGGCUGACAAGUGCAAUGACUGAAAAACUUGUGUGGAAGGUCUACUCCACUAAUGAUGAUACUAAAAAAAAGGAAUGUAUCACCAGAGUCGUGAAGGAGUAUAUAAUGGGCAGGAAAUAGUGUCCAUGUGAGGUGUGUGUUGUAAUUUCUGAAAAGGUGUCAAGGAUACCAGGAAGGAGUUUUAGAAUAAAGUGUUAUACCAUGUACUUUGAUUGACUAGAAGCAUGUGGAAAGGUCUUGCACUGGGUCGUGUGUCUGUGCAUGAAGCAUAUUGUGUGCAUAUAAAUGAAAAGGAGGAGGAGGAGGAGGUUUCCAAAUGAUUUUAUUGUGUCCAAGACAAGUUAGUGAGGAAGCAUAAUGUUGAAGAACAUAUAGGAGGUACAAAUGACAAGUUUUGUUGACAAGUCUGUAUUAGUCUGGUCUGUUCUGCUUCAAGAUUCUUUUAUUUUUACUCUAGAAUCUCUCUAAUUUUUGUUUUUUAUUUGUUCCUAUUUUUUAAACAAGAAAACCUGUCCAGACAAAGGGUGAAUUUCCUGCUCAAUUUUACUUUUUUUCCUGUCCUAUGAUAUUGAUACUGAAAUACCAGUGGCUUUUUAUCUUCCUUUAGGUCACAAAUAAUAAAUACUGGGAUUGUGAGGAUCAACUAGGAGGUUGUUUCAUGUGCUUCUAAUAUUGUAAUGAUUAAGGAUGACUCAUAAGUAUCACUCCUAUGCCCCUGCAACAACAGUUAAUUGACAUUUGGUCCUUUCUCCUCACAGUUCUCAAUAGCUACUCUGUUGAUCAUGCUUAAUGUGUAUCUUUCAUCUCUCUCCCCAAGCCCCCCUACUCCUCUGUUAGUAGACUGGUUAGUCAAGCCUUUUUCACAUCCAACCUUCUCUUCAAGUGUUUCCUUUUGUUUCUCUCUCUCUCUCUCUCUCUCUCUCUCUCUCUCUCUCUCUCUCUCUCUCUCUCUCUCUCUCUCUCUCUCUCUCUCUCUCUCUCUCUCUCUCUCUCCCUCUCCCUCUCCCUCUCCCUCUCCCUCUCCCUCUCCCUCUCCCUCUCCCCCCCCUCUCCCUAUCUUCCUUCCCUCCUCCUCCCUCUCCCCUUCUCCCCCCAAGGAGGCACACGGAUCUCACUCAGUUUGGUAGACAGGAGUCGUCUCUCUAUCUUUUAGUAUGUUUGUUAGUUCUGCUGUGUAUCUGUCUAGCCAUCCAUGCAUCUGAGUACUUUACUACACUCUCUCCUUUCCUAAUUUCCUCCUUCCUCUCUGUUCUCUCCAUCUCUUCUCUUUUCUCUCCUGUCUCUCUUUUCUCCCUUCUCUUGUUUGCUCUGCUCUCAUUUCUUUUCUCUCUUCUCUUUUCUCUCUUCUCUUUUCUCUCUUCUCUUCUCCUCUCCUCUCCUCUCCUCUCCUCUCCUCUCCUCUCCUCUCUUCUCCUCUCUUCUCCUUUCCAUUCCUCUUACUAGCCACUCAAAAUUGUGAUAAAGGUCUGUUACAGUUAUAUCUAUCAGUUAAUCAGUGGGUAAUACAAAACCAUAGUAAACAAUGCAGUAAAAGUUGAAAUGAGAAUGAAAUGUAUUUAGUCCACAUUUAUGUAUACUGCUUUACUACCAGCUUCAUAUGAAUCAGUUAUCUUUUAAUGACCUUGAGUAAAUGUGUAGUUUUGUUUGACCUAUUGAAAAUUGUGGUAUCUUAUUGCAGUUAAUUAUUAUUUAUUUACAUUUUUAUUCAAUUUUCAUUUUCCUCUUCAUAUAUAGAUGUAAAGAUGUGAUAUCUAGAGUCAUGGGGACAUACCAGUUUUUGCAAACUUUAGUACAGUAGCUCUACAAUGUAAAUUUUCAUAUGGCUGAUAAUUGGAAAGGCCUUUUACAAAUGAAAUCUCAAUGACUUGUAAUCUCACAACAAGGCAGAUUUGGAAAUCUUAAUAAAGGGAAUUUGAAGAGAGAAAGGCUGAAAUUCGAUGGCAGUUUCCUUAUCAAGACACAGACUGAAACCUGCUGGUAGUCUGAAUAGAUUUUUGUUUUGGUUAAGAGUGAUUACUUUGUCUUUUAUUAUUAUUUUGUGUAAAUCAUCCUCCAAUUUUUGUUAAUGUUUACAUUAGCUUUCUUAAUUUCUGUCAUUAGAUUUCUUUCUCAUUUCCAUCUUCAGUUUUUUUCUUAGUUUGCAAUAUUAAAUAUCUUGGUAAUUUCCAUCAUUAGGAUUCUAUUUAAUUUUCACCAUUUAGUAUCUUAAUUUGUCAUUAGAUUUCUUCCUUGAAUUUCAUCUCUCCUUUCUGUUCAUCAUGAUCAUCAAUCUCCUCAUUCAUUUUUCUAGUGAUUAGUUUCUUGUUCUACUUCACACUUAAGUUAUGUUAAUCUUUUUUUUUAUUGGCAGCUAGAGAAAAGCCAAGAAUUUUAUAUAAAAUACCCCAGAAGAAACAAGAACAUUAUAAAAAAAAGAGUGAGAAUGUAUAUCUCACUAGCCAGUGAAUUUUAUCAGAUGAAAACUAAAGUAUUCUAGUACU